AACUCUGAGGGUGGGAACAAUGUGCAAUAAAAGGAGCUCACAACCAGACCUGAAACAUUGUCAAGAGAUCGAUCAUCUCAGAAUCACGAUGGCAAGAUUUGUUCUGCUGCUACUUUCAGUGGCUAUUGCCAGUGCAAGUAUUGCUGCUGGAGAGACUACAGACACUAUACCACCUAACUGCAUACAAUACCGACUGCACCUUGGUGUGCCUUGCCCAGAAAAGUAUAACCCUGUGUGUGGUACUGAUGGAAUAACCUACAAAAAUAAAUACAAAUUGUGUCUCAAAAGAAUGAACUCGGGUCUUAAUAUACAAACAGCACACAUGGGUGAAUGUUAAGACCAAGCUCACCAUCUGCAUCAGGAUUGACAUACAACAGCUGUACAGCGAUUGUCAAUGCAUGUUUGUUCUGAGCUUUUUAAAAAUUCAACAAUAAAGCAUCAAUAAAGCACAUGAAAGUCAUUGUUCAAGAGUAUGAACUGGUUAUAAAACAAAACCAUUUAACACCUACUAAAGUUGUGUAAAGAAAUCAUUAUUAAGAAGACUAAUACUAAUACUAUACUAAAUAAAGCUACUCUGGUUACAUAAACCCUGGUUCCCUGAGAUAUAUAUGUAUUCAACAUUUCAAGCAUAUGCAUUUGCGUUCAAAUCCUCUAGGGAUGAAAAAAUCGGCAGAGGAAUGUAUUUAUCUGUCAUAACCUCCAUUUGCUCAUACAAAGGACCAUUUGCAUUCCUGAGCCCACAGAGGUGAUAGUGAUCAAAGACUAUUGAGAUUGUUUAUCCAAUACAGAGGUGGUCUUCUGAUUGGUCAGUUUGAUUGUAUCAAGUUGGGUGUAGUCACAUGGUCAUGGAAAGAAUAUAAAGGGAAUGCUUUUUCUCUGAGCAGCUUUCCUUGUAUUUUGCCUCAUUUUCUAUGCUUUUCCUCUUUACCUAAGAUCUUGGAUUCAGACCAUCAGGGUAAACUUCCAUUUCUCAAUGGUGCCUUUCUUUUUUCUACCCUUUAUUUCAUUUUCUGUCCUCUAUUCUUUCAAAAAAAAUUAUACAGAUUGGGAACAAUUACAAUGACCGCUGUCGUCCCUAAGCUCAGCUCAGUGCCUGCUUUCAUCUCAGCCGUGUACCUGAUACUGCUCCAGAGCCAAGUUAUAAAGUCACCGCAGUUGCAAUAAUAACUCUAUAGCUAUUGGAUGUAUUUGGGUUGUACACACCUCCUUGAUCGAACCCAAGAAAAUUAGGUGGGAUGUCCUGUCUAUCCACCAUUCUUGCCAUGGCCCUGGAGGCCGUCUUUAUCUCCUAUACUCCUGUCCCUAGUGUCAGCAUCACAGCAGCUGUCUGUAUCUCCUGUACUCCUGUUUCCAGUGUCAGGGCCACAGCGGCUGUCUGUGUCUCCUAUACUCCUGUCUCCAGUGUCAGGGCCACAGCGGCCAUCUGUAUCUCCUGUA